AUGAUGCAACAAUAUCAGGAUUCGAUGGCUAUUGUUGCUCGUCAUGGUAGACCAGAUUUAUUUAUCACAAUGACGUGUAAUCCAAAUUGGAAAGAGAUACAGGAAAAUUUAUUCCUCCAUCAAACUGCUGCUGAUAGACCUGAUAUAAUUCCCUCUGAAAAUUUAGUCCUGAAUCGAACUUCUUUGCAGCAAUUACGUGAAACAAAUCGACACUAUCAGUAUGGUGAAGCAAAAUCUGAGUUCAUUGACAACUUAAGUAACAACAAUCGUUUGGUGGUUCACUGGGAUGGAAAAAUUUUGGCCGAUUUAGUCGGUAGAUUCAGUGUGGAUCGAAUAGCAGUUACUGUUAGCUACAAUGGAACGUCUAAAUUUUUGGGUGCUCCCAAAAUUGAAUCGGGUACCGGUGAGAAUAUCGCUCAAGCCGUUUACAAUACUCUAGUGGAAUGGGAAAUUUCUGGAAAUGUUGUGGCUGCAAGUUUUGAUACUACUUCUUCAAACACAGGCCUUGAACGGGGUGCUUGUAUUAUUUUAGAUGACUUCCUUGAUCGAAAACCGCUUCGUUUUGCAUGCCGCCAUCACAUCUGUGAGAUUUUACUUAAAGAUGUUUUUGAAAAAAAGUAUGGUAAAAGCAAUGCACCUGAAACUUUAAUUUUCAAUCGAUUUGCGGAUAUGUGGCAUAAUAUCGAACAAGGUCAAUUCAAUUACGGUAUUGAUGAUCAAAUUGUUACCUCAAAAAUUUCCGACGAUGAAUGUGCAGAAAUAAAACAGUUUUGCCGAAAUCAGCUGCAAAAAAGUCAAAUCCGCGGUGAUUAUAAGGAACUCUUGGAGCUUACGAUCACAUUCCUUGGUGAAAAUGUCGGUCCAUUUCGAACAUGUGGUGCAACAUCUCACGCAAGAUUUAUGUCAAAGGCAAUUUACUGUCUGAAAAUUUUUCUAUUUCGUGACCAAUUUGAUUUGACUGCAAGAGAACUUAAUUGUAUUCGAGACAUCUCAAUUUUUGUAGUUAAACUUUACAUCAAGGCCUGGUAUGGAUGCACGAAUCCCAUUGAAUGUCCUAAUCAAGAUUUGAAUUUUUUGCACGAAGCUUUCGACUUUUCCAAAAUCGAUAAAGUUGAGUCUCAAUCGGUAAUUGAGAAGUUUAAGAAUCACUUGUGGUAUUUGACUCCAGAAACAGUGGGACUGGCAUUUUUUGAUCCAAAUGUUUCAUUUGAUAUCAAAAGAAAAAUGGUUAAUCGUCGGAAAGCAAAGAAUCCUACAGUGGUUUUGAUCAAACACCGAACGUUUCCAAAUGUGCAACAUUUGUUGACUUGCGAUUUAUCUGAUUUUGUUUCGCACUAAACAAAACUUCUCUUCUCCAAUUUUGAAAUUCAAACUGAAUUUUUCAAACUGGACCCAUCGUUAUGAAAAGAUAAUGAAGAAUAUCAAACUGCUUUGGAAUUCUUUCAAAAUUUAUUCGUAGUUAAUGAUGCUGCAGAACGUGGCGUUAAAUUUAUGAAAGAUUACAAUCGUAUUUUAACACGCGACGAAGAAGAGGCUCAGUUCAUACUGCAAGUUGUAGACUUAUAUCGGAAAAAAUAUCCGUCACAUACAAAAUCGUCAUUGACUGAACAAUCUUAAGCGCUGUAAUUUGUUUCUCGUUUUAAUUCAAACGAUAAAUAUACAAUUACAUAUAAAUAUUAGUGUAUUAUAUUAAAGUCGCAAUUUAUAUUGUAAAAACAUU